AUGAGGCUGCUUGGCUGCUUGACGGCACUGUCCGUCGCUGUUGGCGGCGGCGCUGCAGCCGCAAUAGCACCCAAGGAUUCGCUUGUCAGCUGUCUCCGUUCUACUCUGUCUCCCGAGGGAUCCGUGUACCUGCCUGGCGAUAGCGGCUUUGCGAACGAUACAAUCCGAUGGAACCGCUACCAUGCGCCUACUUUCAGCGUCGUGGGUGCCGCUGCGAACGAGCACGAUGUCAGAGCUUCAAUUACCUGCGCCAUGUCGAGCGGAACUCCCUUCCUCAUCACUGGUCCACGCCAUGGCUUCUCUCUGGGCUGGGAAACACUCAAGGACGGACUCGAAAUCUACACGGGCGCGUUCCAUCAUGUGAAUGUCGAUGUGGAGGCCAGCACAAUGACUAUCGGAGGCGCGGCUUCGAUGAAGGACGUCUCUGACGCUCUGCAGCUCGUCGGAAAGAACAUCCCUGUUGGAGGCUCAUCCUGUGUCGGCAUGGUUGGCGCCAGUCUGGGAGGAGGCAUUGGGCGGCUACAAGGGCUGUAUGGUCUGAUGCACGAUAGCAUGCUCUCGGCUCGCCUGAUGUUGCCCAACACCACCGUGGUCGAAGUGUCCGAAUGCUCGCACCCGGAACUGUUUUGGGGGCUCCGGGGCGCCGGCUUCAACUUCGGCUUCGUCCUCAAUGCGACCUACCGCGUGUAUGACGCCCCCGCCGGCGGAACCAACUUCAACGCCGACUUUGAGUUUCCCAUGAGCAGCGUCAGGGCCUUUUACCAAGCACUCCACGAUCAGAUCGAGAUCGGAAUGCCGGCCCCGCUGUGCCUGUCCACCGCACUUCAGUUCAACCACGCGAUAAAUGCUACAACCUUGAAAGUGAAUGCUGUCUACGCCGGACCAGAAGACGAAGGGCGCCGAGCUGUUGAGUUCCUCGCCGACCUCGGCACGGACCUCCGCCACAAUUUCACCCAAGUCCCAUGGAACAGGCUGAACCGCAACGUGGACUUCCUGAACAAUAAUCCCUUGGUGGAUGUUUGCAACCCGGGUGGCAUACGGGGGGACACAUAUGGAGUCGCUGUCAACACCAUCGACGUGGAUGCGCACGUCAGCGUGUCAGAGCAGUUUGACGACAUGAUGGCCAAGUAUCCCGAGAUGAGGAGCAGCGGCAACGGAGGAUACUUCUGCGCCAACCAGGCGGUUGUUGCGCGGCCCAAGCACCACACCGCGUACCCGUGGCGGCAGGCGGUCGGCUAUCAGACCUUUGGAUUCGUGUAUGGAGCCAACACCACCACGACCGAGGCCGACAUCGACAACCUGCCCACCAAGCUGCGCGAUACGAUUGCCGCCACGGCGGGCACCCAGGGCGGUCUCAACGUCUACGUCGGCUUUUCCCACGGGAACGAGCCCGCCACGGCCAUCUGGUCCGAGGCCAACCUUCCUCGCCUGAGGGCACUGAAAAGGGAGUACGACCCCAAAGGGUUGUUCAACUGGUACCACCCAAUCCCACUCGAGUGA